UUAUUCUCGGAGCCGAUCUUCUGUCUGGCUGCGACCUCAUCUUCGGUAGCAUGUGGAUCAGCGAAGCCACCCAUUGUGCUUCUUUCUUCCGAUGACAUCGAAGGCAACCGCACAGAAGUCAACUAUCCGCCAUGGUCUGUUGCUUUACGCUUGAGUUCGUCUGAGAACAGCAAGACGUUAAUGGCCGGUUUCUGGGACGGAUCGAUACGGGCAUUUUCUGUGAAGAAAUUGACCAUUUUACUGUAUCUCGACCUGCAUUCAGAAACGAUUUCUCAAAUGAUCUGGACCGAAAUGAAUGGCGAGGAUCGGUUGAUAGUUGCAUCCAUGGAUGAAAGAUUAUCACUGUGGAAAUUAAAAUAA